AUGGACCAUGCGUUGGACAGCCUCAUGAAAACGGAGUUUAUCAGUGUCUGUGUUCGGAAUCCAAGACUCCAUAAAGAUGAUUUCUGGCACACGCACAUCGACUACGAGAUCGCCUUGCAUACGAAUAGCCUGUGUUUUAGGAGGAAAACAUCCUGUGUGAGGAGGAGAUACAAUGAGUUUGUUUGGCUGCGUCAGUGUCUGGAACAGAAUGCUCUGAUCAUAGAACUGCCCAAACUGCCCCCGAGGAACCUAUUCUUCAGUCUGAACAACACAGAAAAAGUUGACCAGAGGAUGAAGGGCCUGCAGGAGUUUCUAGACAUUGUUCUCCAGACGCCCUUGUUGCUAUCAGACAGUCGGCUCCAUCUGUUCCUCCAGUCGCAUCUCAGCAUAAGCAGAAUAGAGAGGUGUGCCAUAGGCCGGACCAGGUACACCGUGGCCCAGGCCAUCCACCAUGGUGGUAGCAGCUACAUCCACCGCGACUCCCUCGAGGACACGGACAAGGCCUCCUGCGACUCGGACUGCGAGAGCAACAGCUCAUCUUCUGGCUUGGGGCUAAGCGUGGACUCGACUGUGAGGGACAGCCCUCUCUCCUUUUACGAGUCCUCCAACGGAGAAGUGGAGCUGUUCAGCAGUCUUUCAGAAUCCCCCUCUGACCCGCAUAUUGAACCCUGAUGGGUGGCCCACAACAGUUUUACUUGGAUCAUCUCCCAUGCCGAGGCAAGAUCUGUGAUGACCCUGGUACUUCACAUUGACGUCCAGCGGAGCUCUUUCUGCUUUUCCUAGCUAAAUGUUCUGCCAAAAGGCUCUUUUUAUGUCUUGUGCUGUAGCUUUUUAAGCUGAUGUAUUUGUAUAUUAAAAAUAUUAGUGAAUUUGUUUUGCAGAGGAAUGGUAUCUAUUUUCUUCCAGCUUAAGUUUAAUUUUGUCUUAAAGCCAUGAGUCCUUUAUUUAACUUAGGGAAUUUAAAAAUGUUUCCCCCUUUUUAGUUCAUUGGUAAACGAGUAGUACUGGGGGGGGAAAAAAAAUCUUAAUGUUUUGUAUAUUUUUAUCUGCACUGUAAAACUGCACUCAAGCUAGCAAGGGAUAUGCAAUUGAAUGUUGAAGAUUGGCUUUUUAGAAUAUAUUUGGAAAAUACUUUUAUUGUAUGGCAAGUAAUGAA